AUGGAAAGAUGGGACCCAGAGCUAAAGAAGGCGGAUGGUGAGACGGUGGUCAAAAUGAUGGAUGAUGUCGUCUGGAGUGUUCUCGUCGAUCGAAUGACACAUGGACAAAUUGGUAUGCACGAACGUCGAGCCGCGCCGUGGAAAUUGAUCCGAGGUCGCGUUGAGGAACGUAUCGGCUGGGCCAAUCGUUGCAACUUUGCGCAUCUCCCUCAGGAGGUGCUGAGUGCGAUAUACGAUCGAAUGUUUGAUCUGCACACCGCGCCUACUAUGAGGCUUGUAGAAGAAAGCCAUGUCCACGAGCUCCAUUAUCUUGCCGGCGAGGGUAUGGGACCGACUAUUGAUGCUUGGCUCCGAAAUACCACAACCAAAAGGCGAAUGAGAAACCUGUUCAAAUCAUACAGAAACUGUGAAGAGGCCACCGCAAUCCAUGAGAACAAGGGAUUUGAUAAACACGCUGACGGAAGCCCCGAUAUUACGACUGCUGUGGCAUAUAACCUUCCGGCGGAGUGCUGUGAGUGCAUGGAAUUCAUGAUUAAGCACGACAUUAUUCAGAUCACAGGCUAUGAUUCGGCUGGACGCAAUUGGCUUCAUGCAGGACUUGCCAGUGGCAAUGUCGCAACAGUGAAUUACUUGGUUCAGAAAAUGACGGCCGCUGAAUUGUGUAGCCGCAGAGACUUCCAUGCAGUAAACGAACCUCAUAUCCUGGCAGCGCUAGUCGAAUUUGGUACGCCUGGAGGAUUCGAGUUCGUCUUUCAAAAAAUCAUCGAGAGCUUUCCUGUGGAAUCAGAUGAACUGCAGGAAAUCUUGCCGGACGAUAUACUGGAGACUCUGAUCUGCUGGGCACCAACCAGUCUGGCCGACCUCCUCUACCAACAUGGAGUCAACAUCGCAAACGUCGAGGCCAAGUACAUUCCGGACAAACAAAGAACUAUAACAACCUCUUGGCAUGCCGCAGCUGUUUACAACCCAGAGGGUCCCAAGAUGAUGGAGUGGCUGCAGAAGUUCUCCUUGUUAAGCACCGAAGUACGAGACGCUCAGAACCUGACCCCUUUGAUGUUUGCUGCAGCCUAUGAUCAGGUUGAAACAGUCGAAUGGCUGUGCAAGCACAGUAACCCAAUGCUAGCCCGAGACAGGGGUGGCUUUGAAGCCUGGGCUCUGGUUCGUGCAGCUCGCUCCUCAGACCCAGUGAGCGAUGAGAUCUUCGCCAUUAUACUGGACUACCUCCCACAGCGAAUAUUCACCAAUAUGGGCGGCAAGUACUAUGGAAGCCAGAUUGCAGAUGGCCUAGUACGACACAAGCGAGCACUGAAAGCCGGCACCAUCUCUGAGCCAAGCCGGGCCGAGGCAGAACAAAUAGCAGUGCGGAAGAUGAAAGCUCUUAUUGGCAGAAUGUCUCACGAUUGGAGUGGAUCUCCCUGGCAAAAUGCAUUAACGCUUUAUGUGCUCAACCGGGACGUGGUGAUUCUCAAGCAUGCCAUGGCCGGGCGUACUUUGACAACCUCCACCCUCCGAAGUCGUCGUCGCGAACCAAAGCCCACAGAAAAGACCAAGAAGAGAGAAAAGAUUGUACAAUUUGCUUCCGAUACUCGAGCUGCUUAUAAGGGCUUGACUGGGCGUAAGAAGAGGCCUAGUGUUCUCUCUUCUAAGAAUGACCCUCGAACUUCAGUUAUCAAAAAUCGCAAGAAGACACAGGAAAGUGCCAGCUCGCAGGCCGCCAAUCCCGUGGAUCCUCAGCUUUGGAUUUGA